AUGUCUACAUCCACCGAGGAUCCCUUUGCCUUCAUCGCGAACGAACAGAAGCCCGCGCCGGCCAAGAAGCCGCAUUGGAGAGAUAAACUGUUCUCAAAGGACAAGCGGGCCAAGGGCUCUACGGAUCAGCAGAUAGAGGCUUUCCUCGCACCUACUCGCUCGAAAUCUGUAUCCUACGGAGCGAGUCAGACUACGCCUCCACGAUUGGAUGCCACCCAAAAAUGGCCGUCUGCCCACGAUGUCCUCAAUGCGGCUUCGUUGAACCCUGCCCUUCAUGAUGCUCCCCCGCCCGUGGACUUUACGAAACCACCCUUCAAGAGUCGUCGGAAGGGGUUGACAGUCAAGUUCAGUGCCCACACUCCCGAACUGAUUGGAGAAGGGGGUGAUGAGACUGACAAGCCGACAAUUGAGAUCUCCUUAUGUCGUAAUAACCAGAAUAGCCACAGUCCCAGUAUGGUGGAUGACUUUGGUGACCGCCAGCCAAAGCUUCCUCAACUACGCCUGGACACUUCGUUUGGUGACUUCAAUGCCCCGGCGCCGCAGCAGAGAGAUGCGCAGAAGGGGACACGUAUAGAGGACUGGAAGCCGCUGUUGCUACAGAACCCUCAGGACGCUGAUUUCCUUAUGACACUGAACCUGGGAGAAAGAGGCUCCCGCUUAUCAUUCCGUGCUUCACCCGAGUCCCAUUCGUUUGCCCAACGGAUACGAGACAAGAUGCAAGCUGAGGAGGGACGUGCUUUGCAGCACCGAAUGCCAGAUCCACCCUCCCCUGCAGAUGAAGCAGGGGUGCAAAGUCCGGCGGAGGCUGUUCCUGACAGCCCGAGUUCAACCUAUGAGACGCCUCCCCUUUCGGAGACGGAGCCCAGCCCGCCCGAGAAUCCGUUUCGAGAACCCCAAGUCCCUUCUCACAUCGAUCGCAGUCCAGUUGAUCGCAGCCCUGAAACCCCGGUCCUUCCUUCUAUACUCUCUCCUGGCGGAAGUGCCCAAAGCCUUUCUCCUCCAAAACGGCAGAUCAUACCCAAGAUGGCGGAACAACCUGACGCCCCCUCUCCUCCAGCCAGCAGGGAUAACCGCGAUGCUUCCCGGAAUCCUCAGGCUCCAAAGUUUACAUUGCGGUCUGUUGCUAAUCAACUGGGUGACACGGCUUUCACUGAUCUGAAAGCGUACAUGGCGCAGUUUAAAGGCUUGAUCCAAGCCUCUGCGGAAGAAGCCAGGCCCAUCCAGGACACCUCUCUGUCUGAAUGGGUGAGAGCUGAAGUGUGGUGGUUUCUGCGGGGAAAGAAACGUCUCGAGGUUUAUGCACGGUCACGCCCCUCCAGCUCUGGCACACGAUCACCCCUUCUCAGCUCUACAGAAAGCGCGAAGCAAGCCAUCGUGGAUCUUGCUAAGGCCUUAUGGAUCAAUGAAUAUGUCGUCCCACAACAUGAUGAGGUGACCCGCUAUGGCGCAAGGAGUAUUGAUGCUGUGAUUGCAGUAGCCAACACAACCGGGAACGCACAAUUGGCCGAUCUCCUUACCCUACACCAGGCGAUCAUGAACCAUACUCGCUCAUUAGCCAUGUCUAUCAAGCGGAACAACAUCCUUGUGGCUAUUGCAUCCCAAGGCGAUUCCGCCAUACCAGUUGACACUAGUGUUUGGAUGCGAUAUCCAUCUUUCGCUCUGGACGUGGCUGCGGUCCUCUCAGGUACAGUAACAAGCUCGCUGCUGGCGGACACGGCAGGAAAGGGGCCUUCCUUUGUGCAAACAAUGCCACUCAGUGAUACUAGUCGCUAUUUUAGCUACGGGACCAUGUUUGUGAAUGUUCUCGUCAGCUCCAAUGAAGAUGACAUGCCGAAACUGUCUAUGCCAUGCGCAUUGUCCAUAAUACGUGAUCGUGCUGACUGGUAUGUCUUCGCCGCGAUAACCAGCCAGAAUGAACUUGUCAACGUUAUGAUCCAGUCGGACAAGAAAAAGGGCCCUACAUGGGACAGCGUGGACUGGCUAGUCCGGUCACAUUCGAUAAGGGUGAAGCUGCCGCGUGGAUUCGUGUUGGAGGUCGCGUUCCAGGAGGAUGACUUCAAGAAUAUCUGGAACAUUGUCCAGUACACCCGCAAGACCGAAGCAAGCCUGCAGGCUGAGUCGGGUGAAACAGUGAUUUUUGAAAACACUCUCAAGUCAUUCCAGUAUAUGGACCCUGGAACGCCAAAGGCCUUCCCGGCCGAUCCCAUUGAGCGGUGUCGGCUUCGACUCUUCGAAAAGACCAUCACUCUGACUGAGGGCACUGGCAGUAGAAUUGUGCAUCAAGGGUUUCGUCUUGCGGUACUCACAAGCCCAAAGGUCAAGACCCUUAGCAGUGUGCGUCAUACCAUUGGGUCCGGCGCACCAGUUGUUUUCGGUCUGCUCCGAGGUGAAGAUGGAGCACCAGCCCUUCUACUCAAGGUCAAGGAGGAAGGAAGGACCCGGUCUAUGGUGAUGACGUUCUAUGAAUCGGAGGAUCGCACAAACAUGCAUUCCUUGCUUCUGGGUAUUCAGCCUAAGGGAAACGAGGUUAAGUCACCUGAGAUCCCAAUCCGUGCAUACACCGUCCAACAGCCUGCCGACCGUAACACUGGGCAGCCAGCAAAGGAUCAUAUUCAAUUUCCUGCCGGUACAGUCUCGAUCAUUGACCGUGAGCACACGCAUGUUGAGCAUGGGUACGGUCCGACGGUGCUAUCCGAGAAUCUACGUGCUUUCAUCGCAACCGAAUGGGGAUCUGUCACGGAUCGGAUCAAUCUCGGGCCCGGUGAGCUGAAACUGGGACUUGAUGUCAACAAUCGGACGGGGCUUAGCCUGUACCGACCUGGGCAGAAGGACUGGACUGUGUCCGUCGCUGAAAAUCUAGUACUACCAGAGAUGCCAGAUAAGAUAACAGAUUUCUUGAAAAUCGCCAUGGCUAAACCAAUGAUCCGACGAUUCGACUUUGCAUCUGUACAAGAUCUUCAUAUGUUCGAACGAGCUGUGACGGGCUACCAGGUGCUUUUUGACAGUGUGGCUACCUCGUUCGCCAUCUCACGACGCCGGAUGGUUGUCCCGAUCACUAAGAAGUGGGAAUCCAGCCUGGCUCGAAUCCAAGUGAUCAAGCGCGACAGAAUUGUGCAACUGGUAGUCUUCUUCAGUGACUUCCAUCAUGGAAAGUGCAUGAACUUCGUUCUCAAAGGCACCGACACCCUGGAGAGCUUCGGGAAAGCUGGCAAGUUUGGGGUUCGGAUUGUGGAUGCCAAAUUUGCUCUGCCGAAGACUGAAGAUGACCCGGCAUCGGACUUCGUAUCUCUGGACUCUCCGGAUUACCCAAUGGAGCACGACGACAUUUCAAUUGCCUUUGACUCUGAAGCAGAUCGGACGAAUUUCCAUGCGGCUGUGCCCGGAUCAGUCCGUGAGCCGUCGAGGAUGAGCUCUCUGCGUCGUUAG